GAGGAAAAUGUCUGUAUUAAAAGCCAAGAAACACAGAACUACAGAAGAAAUACACAGGAGAAGGCUUCUUUUGGUAAAUCGACUUGAAAAAAGGUUCAUUAAAGUUCAGUUUCCUCGGUAACAAUGUAUCGCUUUUAAAUCCAGCUUGCAAAACUCCCCCCUUGGUAAAUUAAAAACACCCCCACCCCAAACGCUGCAAAUAGAUCUGUGGGCACAUACAAAGAGCUACCCUUACUACAACGACUGCAGUUUGGCCUGUCUGUGUGUGUCUUUUUACUAAAACGUUCAUUGAAACUGUUAUUAAAUAUAGAAAACAAAUAUAGUACACAGGAUUUGGUCAUUUUUUUCUGCUAUGAAUGUUGGGUAUAUGGGAGGUAGUGGCGAGGGAAGGUGGGUAUUCAUUACUUGAGAAGCCUAAGGAAGGAAUCGUGAAAGAUGCCCAAUACCACCCCUCCCCCUCUCUUUACAGGUGCUUAUCAUAUCCAAGAACUUGAAUUAGGCUUGCAAACCUUUACGAUGUGGCCCAAAACGUUUCUUUUGAAAGACAGGGAAACGUUAGCCACCGCUGUCGGCCGUCUCUUGCCCACCCCAUCCCACCCCACCCCCAAAAGAAGAAGAAAAACAAUUAAUGGUAACUACAGCACGAAUAAAACCUGUCGAGUCUACCAUCGGGUGAGUCACCCAAGAGACAACAAACACAGAGUCAAAGGGAGAAGAGGAAAGAGGAGGAGGAACGAAGGAGAGAGAGAAGGAGGGAGAAGACGGAGGAGGAGGAAGAGGAGGAUCGGGAGGACCAGCAGGACCAGGAGGAGGAGGAAGAGGAGGAGGAGGAGGAUCGGGAGGAGCUGGAAAGAGAGGAGCCGCAGCCCCGCCACGCUGGAAGUGGGAAGGCAAGGACCCCGAGAGGUGGCGGGGAGCCGCGGCUGGAGAGAUUCGGGAAAGUCGCGGAAGGUGGACCCCGGCGGGCUACUUGGCCCCGGUGCCGGAUGUGACAGCGGCGGCGGCCGCUGCUGCGGCGGCUGCCGCGGCUGCAGCGGUUCCAGAUGUGACGGCCGCUGCCGCCGCAGCCGCGGAGGAGGAGGAGGAGGAAGCGGCCCCGCCCCCGCCGGCCCCGCUGCUGCUGCCGCCGCCGCCGGUCCCCCCACCUCCGCCGCCGCCGCCGCUGUUGCUGCUGCCGGCCGUCCUCCGCUGCUCCAUGCCGUUGGGGAGGAAGCCGGCGAUGAUGGGUACUGGCCAGAUGAGGGCGGCCACGCUCCACACGAUGAUGACCAGGGUCAUGAAGCAGGCCACCAGCGUGGACUCGAUGGGCUUGCGGUUCAGCCGCCAGCCGGGCUCGCUCUUGAGCUCCUCGAGGCUGAAAUCCAGGCAGCAGAAAUUCAGCGGCUCCCCCUGCCACCAGAGCUGGCCCGGCUCGGCCGCGGGGUAGGAGGACAGCGAUGCAGAAGCUGCAGCAGCAGCCGAAGAAGCGGCGGCGGCGGAGGAUGCGGAGGAGGCGGCGGAGGCCGAGGCCGGGCCGGGACCGGGACCGGGGCCGGGGCUGGUGGUCGCCGCAGCGGCAGCCGCCGCCGCCGCCGCCGCCGCAGCCGCAGCCGCGGCAGCCGCAGCUCCCCCCCUGAGACGACCCAGCCGGUGCCCCCGGACCCAGCCGCAGCCAACACAGAGGCGCAGGUCCUGUUGGGCGCCCCCGGCCGCCAACCCCAGGUGAUCGAUGACGAGCGGCGGGCCCACCCGGUGGAAGGCGGCGGAGAAGAAGGCGCGGCCGUGGCCGUUGGUGGAGAAGAGCAGCAGGUCGCACUGGAGGCCCAGCGGCCAGCCCCAGCGAACCAGCAGGGAGCUCAGCAUCUGGCGCUGCACACUGAUGUUGCAGUGCGCCUCCUCGUGCUCAUGCUGCUGCUGCGGCUCCUGCUGCUCCUGCUGAGACGCCUGCUGCUGCUCGUCGUCGUGGUGCCCACCGCCCCGCUCCGCCGCCUCCGGGCCCCACUGCUGCUCCUGGUGCGCCGUGGGGCCUCGGGCGGCGGCGGCGGCGGCGGCGGCGGCGGCCAGGGGCGAGGGGGAGGCAGCCGCGGAGGCUUCCGAGGAGGAAGUGCCCGGGGAGGAGGAGGAGGCCGGGGAAGCUGUCGAGUUGGGGUCCGACGGCGGGGCCGCGUGGCUUCUUUCCGCGGCUUCCUGGCCACCUGGGUCUCCCGCUUCUCCCGGGUCUUCCGUGUCCUUGUCAACUUGGGGCGCCUCCAGGUCAAGCUCCAUAGCUCCGGAGGCGGGUUUGGAAUCGGGGGCCGAAGACGAGGAGGAGGAGGAGGCGUUGAGUGGAGGCAGGAAGAGGCCCGCUUCGUCCUGCCCCCCAGCGGCAGAGGUCCAGCCCCGGACAGGCAGCCAGAAGGCUGCGACCAGCAGCAGCCCCCGGAGCAGCAGCAGCAUGAGACUGACUUAGCACCUCGAAGGGGCAGGAGGAGGAGGAGGAGAAGAAGAAGGCUGCAUGGCGCGGGCGGCCGCCGCUGGGACGAGGGGCGGCGGUCGGGGAGAUCCCUCCCCGCCGCAGAGAAACCCAAGGAGCAGGUGGAGGUAGAGGACAAGAAGGAGGUGGAAGAUGAGAAGCCCAAGGAGCAGGUGGAGGUGGAGGAGAAGGAAGGCGAGGAAGAGGAGGAGGAGAGCUUCGGGCACAGCCUCUAGUCUGGCUGCAGCAGCCGCUGAAUCUCCGAGUUGGAAGGGGUCAUCUCGUCUAAUCCUUCCUUAAGCAGGAAUCCUCUCUACAUCAUCCCUGGCGAGUGGCUAUCCAGCCUCUGCAUAAAGACCGCCCGGGAUGGGGAUCCCACUACCUCCUGAGGCAGCCUAAACUAUUUCUGGACAGCCCUCAUUGGUAGGCUUCCUACUUUAGAGCCAAAAUCUGCUUCUGUGCAGAGGAUGUCGCUCCUUGUGCUGCCCUUGGUGCCAAGUAAAGCAAGUGUGUUUCCCCUGCCCCAACCAACAUGGCAGCCCUUCAAGCCCUUGAAGGUGGCUUUCAUGUUCUCCUUACCCCCACUGCCCCACCCCCUGCAGCCUGCGCAAGUCUCUUCUUAAGCAGUAAGCUUUUGGCUUUCCCAUGCCUGCCUCCUCCCCAUUGCUUGGCCCUUCUGCUGUCUGAGGCAAGGGACCACAUUUCCCUCUUUUAUAGCCUCCACAAUCCCUAGUAUAGCACUAGGGGUCUAGUGUGUGCUUACUAUGUACUUGUGGCAAACGCUUCAUUCCUUUUGAGCCAGUGAUCCCAUUGCUGGGAGUGCAUCCUAAAAAUAUAAUGAAAAGGAACAAAAAAAGGAGCUAGCUUAUAAAAAUGUCUAUGGCUGCUUUAUUUGUAAUAGCAAAAAAAAAAACACAAAAAAACUAAAAAAACAAAAACCCUGGAAACAACCCAUAUGUCCAAUGAUAAGAGAAUGGUUUGAGUCAAUGAUACUCUAUUAAUGACAUGGCACAUCAUGGCAUUGUAAGAAAAAAGAGAGAAAUCUGAAAAGUAUGAACAGAUAUGAAGAGACUUAGAUGAAGUGCUAUAGAGUGAGAUUGGCAAAACCAUAAGGAAAUGAAGAGAGCAAGAUUUAUUUUUAAAGAAAGAAAAGAAAACAAAGCCCAGACUAAUGGUGCUUUUGACCGAUUUGGACAGGGACCCAGAGCAAAUCUAUCUUCUGUUAGUUUGUUAUGUGUUUGAUUCUACUUUGUUAAAUGUAAGGUGCAUAUACAUAUAUAUAUUUAUGGCUUCAUGUAGGACUGCAUUCCUUAUUUUGUAUGUUUGUUUUCAUUGAUGGUUAUUAAAUUUAUAAUUUUAAAAACAAGCAAAUAAA